AUUGGACGAGCUCGACGCCAGUCACAAAAGUAAACUCAACGGACUUCCUGCUUCUUUAGGUUGUCUUCACUGUCAUGUAUAUUUAUCUGACAUGUUAGUCCAUCACCGCUGACAAGAAGAAAACUUUUUAGGUAGACUUUUCUUUCUUAGAAACUGAGCAUUGAAUACAGGGCGGGUCGAUGUCCAAAGACAACCGCCAUGAUGGGCGGCGGCGUGGCGCCGGGCAGCACCGUCUCGGCCCGAGAGUUAGCCACGGUGGGGACGGGAGGGAAAGGUCUGGUAGCAACAGCUCUGGCUCCUCGCAUGGAGGAGGCAAAAGCAAGACCACAUCUAUGUCGGGUUUGAAGGCUUCGUUUCAGCGUUCCAACAGCCAUGACAAAGUGCGAAAGAUUGUAGCUGAAGAGGGCCGUGCUGCUCGAAAUCUCAUUGCCUGGAGUGUUCCUCUUGAGAACAAAGAGGAGGAAGCAAAGUCAAAAGGCAACUCCAGUGGCAGUUCCAAGUCUCAGAGGAUCAAUUCUGGACAGCAAAAGAAUAAAAAACAGAAUGCUUGUUCAGAGAGUAAAGGCACAGCUGGUGUCCUAUUGGACAAGGGCCCGGAGAAGAGCCCCACCAAAGUUCGACAACCCCGCAAAGUAGACUUGCGAGCUCGCUACUGGGCCUUUCUCUUUGAAAACCUACGUCGGGCUGUGGACGAGAUAUACGUUACAUGUGAAUCUGAUCAGAGUGUUCUGGAAUGCAAGGAGGUCUUGAUGAUGUUGGACAACUAUGUUCGGGAUUUUAAAGCCCUGAUAGACUGGAUACAGCUUCAGGAGAAACUGGAGAAAACAGAUGCCCAGAACAGGCCGACAUCUUUAGCCUGGGAGGUGCGUAAAAUGUCUCCGGGACGUCACGUGAUGCCAAGUCCAACUACAGACAGGAUGGUUCCCUCUUCAGGUGCACGUCGCACCCUCAACUUCAGUGGUCCUGCAUCAACAUUGGCUGCAGCUCGGCUCUCACACACAGGUCCCAGCUGGGCAGACAGAGUAAAGUGCUCUCAGUCUGUCCAUAACGCCAGUCAACCCAAUGCAUUCCCGAAAGAAAAACCUAGUAAAAAAGACGCAGAGGGCUGGGAGACUGUACAGCGAGGACGUACUGCCAAACCUCGCUCUGCUGCCAUAGUUGCCAAGGUCAGUCCUGUCUUGGCUCAUGUCGCCCAAAAACAGGACAGCGCCAAGAGUAACCAGUCACAUCUGCCGACACAGGAAGGGCGACAGCUUCAUCCUGAGCGUCCUCCGGACAAAGAUGUGACCCAGACUGACACAGGACAACAAGUCCCUGUGGAGCUUAAACCACCGGAGAAGAUUGAACGUCCAGAGAAUGGAAACAUAAUGGAGCCCCCAGCAGCAAGUGUACAAGACCCGGGGCAGUGUGUCGACGCACCAUUUGGAGACGUGCCACCCCCCAUAGCAUCUCUUACCCCAUCCCAAGCCCCAGAGCUUACUCCACCCACAGCCACUGCCCCACCAACAGACAUAACCAUAUCAGUCCCAGUCCCCACUCUGGCUAUUACAACAUCCAUAGACCUGCCCCAGACGGAUGGGCUCAGUACUUUGUUGGUCCCUGGGGACAAUGGGGCAGAAUGGGGCUCGUCACAGGGCAUGGCCACAUCUGCUACAGGACAGGCCGAGACUCCCAUGGCAGCGGUGAAACUGGAGAGUGUGCUGGACCCCACAGAGCUUUCUACUCCUCAGUCAAUGGCAGAGGUCUUGGCCAAGAAAGAGGAGCUUGCAGAUCGGCUGGAGAAGGCCAAUGAAGAGGCCAUCGCAAGCGCCAUCGCUGAGGAGGAACAGCUGAAUAGAGAGAUUCAAGCAGAGAACAAUGACCUGGAGACUGACGCUGAAAGCGACUUUUCUGCUAGCAUCAGCAGCGGAGGUUGUGGAGUCACUAUAGAUUGGAGUGACAUGCUGGCAGAUUUUGAUGCUCGGGAAACGUGGCGUCAGAGUACCUCUUGGGGGGACAUGGUAGAAGAAGAACCUGCUCGGCCACCUGGGCAUGGAAUCCACAUGCAUGAGAAACUAUCCUCACCGUCACGCAAAAGAACCAUUGCAGAGUCAAAGAAGAAACAUGAGGAGAAACAGCUGAAGGCACAGCAGCUCAGGGACAAACUUCGGGAGGAAAAGACACUCAAACUGCAGAAGCUCAUGGAGAGGGAGAAAGAUGUGCGGAAAUGGAAAGAAGAAUUGUUGGAGCAGCGUCGGAGGAUGAUGGAGGAAAAGCUAUUGCAUGCCGAGUUUAAACGAGAGCUGCAGUUACAGGCAAUUGUGAAGAAGGCCCAGGAAGAAGAAGCCAAGGUGAAUGAAAUUGCUUUCAUAAACACUCUGGAAGCCCAAAACAAGAGGCAUGAUGCCCUGGCUAAGUUAAGUGAAUAUGAGCAACGGCUUAAUGAACUGCAGGAAGAGAGGCAGAGGAGACAGGAGGAGAAGCAGGCCAGGGAUGAAGCUGUUCAGGAACGCAAACGGGUCCUGGAAGCAGAGCGGCAGGCCAGAGUGGAGGAGCUGCUGAUUCGUAGGAAAGAGCAGGAGGCUCGUAUUGAACAGCAGAGGCAGGAAAAGGAGAAAGCUAGAGAGGAUGCAGCACGGGAAAGGGCCAGAGACAGAGAAGAGCGUCUGGCUGCGCUUAGUGCUGCCCAGCAAGAGGCCAUGGAGGAGCUACAGAAGAAAAUUCAGAUGAAGCAUGACGAGAGCAGCCGCAGGCAUAUGGAGCAAAUCGAGCAGAGAAAGGAGAAGGCGGCUGAGCUCAGCAGUGGUCGACAUGCGAACAUGGACUAUGCCCCCAAACUGACACCAUAUGAGCGCAAGAAGCAGUGCUCACUGUGUGGCGUUGUAAUCACCUCAGAGGUGCACCUGUUCAGUCACACCAAGGGCAAGAGGCACCAACAGGCCGUUCGAGACAGUAGCAGCAUCCAGGGACGAGAGCUCUCUGAUGAAGAAGUGGAGCAUCUUUCCUUGAAGAAAUACAUUAUUGAUGUUUUGACGGACAGCUCAGUAUCCUCUGAAAGCAUGAAGGAUGGAGAGGAGCGGCAGAAAGCAAGGAAGAAGGCAAAGAAGCUCCGAGCCAGGAUGAACUCCAGGGCUAAGGAAUAUGAGACGUCAAUGGAGGCAAAGACUCAGGUCCCUGAUUCCCCGUACAAGGCCAAGUUGCAACGUUUGGUAAAAGAUCUGCUAAAACAGCUGCAGGGCCAAGACAGUGGGCAGUGGGCCAACAAUAAAGCACAUGGUCUGGACAGAACUCUGGGAGAGAUCUCUCGUAUCUUAGAGAAACAGAACAAUGCAGACCAAGUGGCCUUCCAAGUGGGCGGUGGCCUGUCUGCUUUGGAACAAAUUUUGCAGGUCAUCACUGCUGCUUCCACACCCACUGCAGUCCCCCGUAUUCCUCUCAAAUCUCUCUGUGCUGCUGUAGAUGUCUACUAUCUGGCUUGUUCCUGCUGCAUCUUCAACUGCUCCUAUGUGCUGUUUAGCAACAAGAUAGUUCUCCUUGUGGACCUGCUGCUGCACCAGCUGACACUGUACGUCCCAGAUGAAGACAAGUCCAUUUUUGGGCGCAGUGUAAACAAACAAAUUUUUGAGGGUUUGACAACAGGCCUACUUCAGGCCAUUGCUACGAUCUUAGAGUCCUUGUGGCCGCACAUCUCUGAUUUGGGGCAAGGCGAAAACACACGGAUUUCCUCCCCAGAUGCCAAGGUCAAGAGCUCUGCCACAGACUCCUUCAACACCCGUGCACAAGAUCUAAUCAGCUAUGUGGUAAACAUGGGUUUGAUUGACAAGCUGUACGGGUGCUUCUUGUCGGUCCAAGCUCCUGUAGACGAGCACCCCAAGAUGUCGGCUUUCCUCCAACAAGCCUCAGCUCUGCUGCACAGCAUGUGUAAGCUGUGCUUUGUCAUAACCGGACGUGCUCCCAGUAUAUUUGACAAUAAGCGCCAAGACCCAACAGGCCUGACUGCCCUUCUGCAGUCCACUGACCUGGUGGGAGUGGUGCACACCCUAUAUUGUAUCCUGCUGCACAGUUUCUCUCCAGAGUCGUCUUCUCACAGUCAGGAGCCUUACAGCCCUGGGGUCAUCCAGGUGGCUUUGCAGGGCAUCCGCUUCCUCAACAGUUUUGCCCUUCUUGACCUAUCUGCCUUCCAGUCUGUUCUAGGAGCUGAGGGCCUGUCUUUAGCUUUCCGACACAUUGUCAGCUCCCUGCUCUGGUACUGUACCCAGCAUUCCUCUGAAGAGCUGCUGCAUGAAGUCAUCAUCUGUGUGGGAUACUUCACUGUUAACCAUCCUGACAACCAGGUGAUAGUGCAGUCUGGCCGCCAGCCCAGCGUUCUGCAGAAACUGUGUCAGCUGCCCUUCCAGUACUUCAGCCACCCACGCCUCAUCAGAGUCCUGUUUCCAUCCCUCAUCUCAGCCUGCUACAACAACUCUCAGAACAAGGUCAUCCUACAGCAGGAGAUGAGCUGCGUGCUGCUGGCCACAUUCAUUCAGGACUGUGCUGGCAGCGAGAAGGAUCCAGACAAUAAAACAAGUAGAAUGGUUUUCCAGUGGCUCCUGGAUUACGGUGAACUGUCCAACCGCUUCCCAAGAGAUCAGUGGGAUUCAGCCCUGCAGUUUUUUCUUCAGAAGCAGGAAGAGUGAUAGAGUUGCACACUGUCCACAGAAUAAAAAAAGCACAUUAUAGCCAGUACAAGACACUAGUUCGUUUUUGUUUUUCAAAUUAUUAUUGUUAUGAUUGUUACUUUUAUCUUGGCGACUUAGUUUUUCAUGUUGUGUUUUUCAGACUGUUUUUUUUUUCCAGAUGUUAAUAGGAAGCCUUAUUAUAUGGUCUUGCAUUUCUUUUGAUUUCAUGGAAAUCAUAUUGAUGCUUAAGAAAAAUUUGCACAAAAUGUCUUAUUCGUGUUUACUGCCUGAAUAAACUAUUUGCAUCCAUUUGUUCCUGUUGUGCUGUAGACAGAAAUGGUUACAUUUUAAAAGUGACAAUAAUCCUGUAACAUUUACCGUAUGUUAUCAUUUGCCAAACAUGUUCAUCCAUACUGUUAGUGUUCAUUGAUUGUGUUUAUAGUUAUUUUGAAUGUAAAUGACUAGAAUAUCUCUAGCCUUCAUCCUGCCAAGUACAAGCUCAGUUGCAGAUAUAAUUUGCAAGUUCACAUCUUUUCUUUGUCUUUCUAUUCUCUUGUUAGGAGCAACUUAAAAAUUAAUAUAAUUUAUUGAGUUAUUUACCUUUAUGUUCAAUAAAAUACUUAUGAGUAUA